AGUGGGUCUUAUUUGCAGUGACAACUGCCAUGCAGACAGGGGCCUCACACAUAUGUUCUGGUCCCCAGCGCGAGUGCAUCUCUAUCCACGUGGGGCAGGCAGGGGUUCAGAUCGGCAAUGCCUGCUGGGAGCUGUACUGCCUUGAACAUGGAAUUCAGCCCGAUGGUCAGAUGCCCAGUGACAAAACCAUCGGCGGUGGGGACGACUCGUUCAACACGUUCUUCAGUGAGACUGGGGCCGGCAAGCACGUGCCCAGAGCCGUGUUUGUGGACCUGGAGCCCACCGUGGUCGAUGAAGUGCGUACGGGGACCUACAGGCAGCUCUUCCACCCGGAGCAGCUGAUCACCGGGAAGGAAGACGCAGCCAACAAUUAUGCCAGAGGCCACUACACCAUCGGCAAGGAGAUUGUCGACCUGGUGCUGGAUCGGAUCCGCAAACUGGCGGACCUGUGCACGGGGCUGCAGGGCUUCCUCAUCUUCCACAGCUUCGGGGGCGGUACCGGCUCGGGCUUCGCGUCUCUGCUCAUGGAGCGGCUCUCGGUGGACUACGGCAAGAAGUCCAAGCUGGAGUUCGCCAUUUACCCGGCUCCCCAGGUCUCCACGGCCGUGGUGGAGCCCUACAACUCCAUCCUGACCACGCACACGACCCUGGAGCACUCGGACUGCGCCUUCAUGGUGGACAACGAGGCCAUCUACGACAUCUGUCGGCGCAACCUGGACAUCGAGCGGCCCACCUACACCAACCUCAAUCGUCUGAUCGGGCAGAUCGUGUCCUCCAUCACAGCCUCCCUGCGCUUCGACGGGGCCCUCAACGUGGACCUGACAGAGUUCCAGACCAACCUGGUCCCCUACCCCCGCAUCCACUUCCCCCUGGCCACCUACGCCCCGGUCAUCUCAGCCGAGAAGGCCUACCACGAGCAGCUGUCCGUGGCCGAGAUCACCAACGCCUGCUUCGAGCCAGCCAACCAGAUGGUCAAGUGUGACCCUCGCCACGGCAAGUACAUGGCCUGCUGCAUGCUGUACAGGGGAGACGUGGUUCCCAAAGACGUCAACGCGGCCAUCGCCACCAUCAAGACCAAGCGCACCAUCCAGUUUGUGGACUGGUGCCCGACUGGGUUCAAGGUGGGCAUCAACUACCAGCCCCCCACGGUGGUCCCAGGGGGAGACCUGGCCAAGGUGCAGCGGGCCGUGUGCAUGCUGAGCAACACCACAGCCAUUGCCGAGGCCUGGGCCCGCCUGGACCACAAGUUCGACCUCAUGUAUGCCAAGCGUGCCUUCGUGCACUGGUACGUGGGGGAAGGCAUGGAGGAGGGCGAGUUCUCAGAGGCCCGGGAGGACCUGGCGGCUCUGGAGAAAGAUUACGAAGAGGUGGGCGUGGACUCGGUAGAAGCAGAGGCUGAGGAGGGGGAGGAGUACUGAGUGGGAAGGCAAGGUGGGGCCCCCCUUUCACCCGGCGCUGUAAUGUUCCAGAUGUGUUUACCUAUUAAAGUUUCUGAAUUAAACCUC